GAGUGACUUGUGUCGUCCUUUGUCUCGCAGCGGUCAUUCAUUCUUUGCAGCCGAUAAAACCCAGCAUUUAUCUUGCGUCCAUUCCUUCAUACAACACACACCAUACCUGCAUUUGCAUCUGCGGACUCGUCAUUCCUUUUCUUUAUAUAAACCCCGUAUACCUGUCACUCCCUUGAUCCUUGACCGUUUUGUUGCCAAAGAUGCUUUCCAGGUCCCUUAUAGCCCUUGCGGGGCUCAUCUCCCUCAGCACGGCAGGCUACGUGCUCGAGGAUGACUACAGCGGAGACCAGUUCUUCUCGAUGUUCGACUUUUUCACAGACCGAGAUCCCACGAACGGCUACGUGACCUACGUCGAUCAGACGACCGCUCAGAGCAAUAACCUCAUCAGUACCACCAACGGCUCUAUAUAUAUGGGCGUUGACCACAGCAAUGUGGCCAGCGGGCUUGGCCGCAACAGCGUUCGCUUGACAAGCACAAAAAGCUACACCCACGGUCUCAUCAUCCUCGAUCUCAACCACAUGCCAGGCGGCGUCUGCGGGACGUGGCCCGCCUUUUGGACCGUGGGUGCCAACUGGCCCACCACAGGCGAGAUUGAUAUCAUUGAAGGCGUCAAUUCACAGAUUGGCAACUCGAUGGCCCUCCACACGGGACCGGGUUGCAGUAUAUCCAGCAGUGGUGAUUUCUCGGGCCAGAUAUCAUCGACGAAUUGUUUCGUUUCUGCACCUGGCCAAGCCAUGAACGCAGGAUGCCAGAUUCUCGCCACGAACGACCGCGCAAGUUACGGCACGCAAUUCAACCAGGGGCAAGGGGGUGUGUUCGCGACGGAAUGGACAAGCACGGCGAUCAACAUCUGGUUCUUCCCACGAGGCAGCGUGCCCUCGGACAUUGCGUCUGGUUCGCCCGACCCGAGCUCAGGAUCGUGGGGCACACCGAUGUCGUCGUUCGCCGGCGGAUGCACGAUCGACAACUUCUUUAGCAACCAUCAGAUCGUGUUCGACACCACCUUUUGCGGUGACUGGGCCGGCAGCGUCUGGAGCACCGACCCCGUCUGCUCGUCCAAGGCGAGCACGUGUGAAGAUUUUGUGCAGAAUAACCCGUCGGCGUUCCUGGAUGCGUACUGGUCCGUCAACUCCCUCAAGGUGUUCCAGAACCCCGACGGUUCGUCGAGCAACGGAACUGUGCCGGGCUCGCCGCCACAACCUCCUCUUCCUCCGGCCUCAAUUCCUGUGCCCAUCCCACCUUACUCUUCGGGCGUCUCGGACGGAUGGCCUGCUGCCGCUCCUACGGCCAGCAAUGUCCCGACUGCUGGAUUCAGUCGUGGCGGCAAUGGCCGUUUCACAAAGACUUGGGGUGGAGGUGCAGGAGGAGGAUGGGGUGGUGUCGGUGCGGCUGCUGUGGCCACGGCCACUGCGGGCGACGCUUCUCAGCCCGAAAUCACGUCCGCACCUUCGACGGGAGCAGGAGCGGGAGGCCAAGGGUCGUUUGCCGACGACUCCAACGGGAAUGUCGAGUACGUCACCGUCACGGCCAUGACCUAUGGAGAUUUCCCCGACCAGAACCAGAAGCGCGAUGCCGCCCCCGUUGAGGAGAAGAUGAAGAAUCAGGUCAGAGAUCACAUGCAGACGCAUAGACAGGUGCAUCGACAUUUAUUCAAGCAUGGCAUCCCUGCUGGUUGGGGUUCUGGGUCUGCUGAAGUUGUUGAAAAAUGAAUGAUUUGAAGAAUGAUUUGCAAAAGUCGGAAAAUGGAGAUAUGAGAAAUGAAGAAAUGAGCAGCACAACUUGAUCCAUCCUAUCUCUCACUGUCUCUGCUACCUCUUACAUCUACAAAAAUGACCCCGAAGCUCAAAAGUUCUCUCGACGGAGAGCCAGUUAAUUCGAGUCGAGUGUGGAAGUUCCCUAUCGCCAUCCCAGGUACGCAUCUUGGGAACCACACACGCACGCGCGCGCUGGACCGUGCCGAUCUCAUUUAUGGGGUCAACAGAUGAAGGGUUGUGCAUUGGUCAUUGGGUCUUGCAAGGGGUCAACAGGUCAAGGGGUUCAAGGGUGUCACGCGGUCAUCCAAUCACGCACCACCCACCUACAAUACUUCGCACCACUUGUACACGAACGCGCCCUCUCUUUCUGACGGUCUGUGCAUAUUCGGAUCAAAAGUGACAUGGCACGUCAACGCCACGACAUGACAGCUUUUUGGUCAGCUUCCUAUUGUGCGGUACUGUGCAGUAUGGAAACGGCACCAACGGCAAACAGCACCUCUUUUGGAAGUACAUCACCACCACUAUCGCUACUAUCGCGCCCAUCGCCCAAAGACAGAAGUUUCUUCAAACUUACAUUGUCCUUCGUACUCGUCCGUGCGAGGGAUGGUUCGUGGUCAUGGUCAUUGCUACGCCGCGCGUACUUGUAGUUGUACCUCUUAUCAAAGUACGACUCUAGAGACAAAGUGACGGCGAGCGGGGAAGGGAAAUUAAAGGGAAGAGUGAGAGGUUUGAACAGGUCGAUAGGAUAUGAGAGAUGGGCUAGAUUUUGUUUUUGAAUUGAUGGUUAUGGAUAGAUCAUCGUUUUAUGCAGGAACGAUGAAUAUGGAACAUGAAAUAUCAAGCAGGCAUAGCAUAGCAAAGGACCGAAUAGCGUAUCAUAUCAUAGCAGAG